AUUUCUGAGUGUAUGUGUGUGUGAGGGAGUGAGGCACUCCUUUAGCAGAGAGAGAGAGAGAGGGAGAGAGAGACAGAGAGGUCCAGAAAGCUUUGGAGCAGUGAAAGAAGAAAGAAGACUAACUGCAGCCAGAUUUCUACUCUCUACAACCAAAAACAAAGUGAAUACUUUUCUCUGAAAAAAGUUAGAAAACCGGCCAUGGACGGGAUAACGUUUGGACGCACGUCGCUCCUGUGCACCUUGCUCACGGCAUUGAUAGUAUGCAGUGAGGCUCUGAAUGUGAAGGUGGCUCCUAAAGUGGAGGUGUUAAAAGGAGAGACUGCCAAACUGCCCUGCACUUUUACUCUCCCAUCAUCAGCAAGCAACCCUAUUGUUGAAUGGUACUUUGAGGAGCAGGGAACCAGGAGGCGCGUGGCUUUCCGCUCCCAGGGUGGAGAUGGAAGUGACGAGAACACCCCUCUCACUGGCAGGGUCGCUAUCGAACAGGACUACACCUUGACCAUCUCCUCCACUCAGCCCUCCGACGAGCUUACCUUCUACUGCCAAGUCAACACCGGCCUCGCUGGGGUCGCAGAAGCUGCCUCUAUGCUUAAAGUCUUCUUUGCUCCCGAGAAGCCGGAACUCACAAGACCAUCGAGUCAGGCCAUUUCUGUGGGAGAGACCACCAGCUCCGAGAUUGGCACCUGUGUGACAAUGAAUGGACAUCCCCAGCCAAGAAUUAUCUGGUUCAAAGAUGAACAGCCGCUACCUGAAGUCAAGGACAGGAAAGAGCAGACCUACAUGAUUCCCUCUGUGGUGAAGGAGGCCUCGGGUCUCUACACUAUCACGAGCACCCUGUACAUGCAGCCCACCAAGGCUGACAAGGACUCCGUGUUCCAGUGCACUGUGGAGUACAGCAUGCCAGGCGACCAGAUCAAACAGAAGAAGUCUGACACCAUCACCAUCAACCUCAACUAUCCAUCUGAGGAAGCGACAUUUUCCCUUCUCAACACCGAUCAAGUCAAAGAGGGCGAUACUGUCACUAUGAAGUGUGAGACUGAUGGAAACCCUCAGCCUGAGUUUGACUUCACUAAAGACGGAAAAAUGAUCAGUGGUCAGGGUGGUCUCCUGACGCUGAAAUCUGUCAAGCGCACGGACACUGGCGUGUACAAAUGCACCGCCACAGAUUUCGAUAACUUGGACGCUGACCUGAGCGGAACAAUCAACCUCAAUGUCCACUACAUCGACCCGGUGAACGUGAUCCCUGCCGAGCCUCAAGUCGUCAUGCUUGGAGACAAGGUGGAAUGGCAGUGUAAGACCAAGGCCUCCACUCAGCACACUGUUCAGUGGAAAAAGGGCUCCGAGGUCCUCUCUCAGGACGGCACUCUGUCAAUACAAGAUGUUUCCUAUGAUAAAGCUGGAGAGUACAUGUGUAUUGGAGCCGUUCCAUCUGUGCCAGGACUGACAGCCGAGGCUACUGUCAGCCUCACUGUCAAAGGAAAGCCGAUGAUUGAGACUCCGGUUCCUACAGAGGUGGCGAAGGAAGACGACAUGGUGACUCUGAAGUGCUCGGCCUACGGCUCCCCUGCCCCUCAGUUCACAUGGAAUCCCGCAGGAAAAGAGUCGGUAUCAGUGGAGGGUAACAAGUUGGUGAGCACCGUGACCCUGAAAGCCACAGCCGAGGUCAUGAAAAACGGGGUGACCUGCGAGGUCACCAACGAGUUUGGAACUGAUAGCAAGAAAUUGCCGGUAUCUCUCACAAGAGCAAUUGACAACACGGCCGACAGAGUGCUGCUCUCUGGAAACCCUGUGCUUAAGUCAGCUGACAAGCAGCAGGGAGGCUCCAGCGGGGUGGUGAUAGCCGUGGUGGUGUGUGUUCUGCUGCUCCUGCUGCUGGUGGCCCUCAUCUACUUCCUGAACAAGAAGAGCAAGCUGCCCUGCAGCAAGAAGGGCAAGAAGGAAGUGGCCAGCGGAGAGGUGAACAACGACAUUGUAGUGGAGAUGAAGACAGACAAGGCCAAUGAAGAGGCCGGUCUCCUCAACAAGAGACCGUCCACAGAACAGUGAUGAACAGAGUCGAGGGAAGCAAACGACAGAGAUGAAGGGAAGGAGGACGACUGAUAUGAAGACAACAGGGCUAAUUUUUAUUUACUACACUAGAGGAGCACUGAGGGGGGGGGGGCAACAAGAGGUGGAGCAUGGAAAUGGGUUCGGUUUGGGGACAUCGGGUGGCACACCGUGUUUGGCAUUGGUUAUGCUUGUUUUAUAACCUGGAGUACACCGGUUGGGUGGAGUUUUUUUUUUCCUUCCUUUUUUUUUUUUUUUUUUUUUUUUAAAGAUUGAGUUGCUUCAGCUCCAUCCAUCUGUGCUACCCACAGGUUAAAAACCAUACAUGUGCAAAAUCUUAAUGGGACUCAUAAUCACUGGAUGGCAUUAUUAUCAUGGCUAUUAUCAACUGCUUAUUCACCAAUCAUGUCUUUGGUUGACUCCACUGCAGAGUAGAGCUGAGAAGUGAGGCAUGACUGACACAGUCCAAACACAGUGGCAGAAUCUUUCUUAUCUACCCCGAAUGAAUCACAAAAUGCCAUUAAGCCACUGUGUUUUUUUUGUUUGUUUUUUUUUUUUUUUUGGGGGGGGGGGGGGGGGGGGGAGUUGUACGUUUGCCUGCAAGUGUAACACUGAACGUCUAUUCUGUGUUGGAGUCUACACUUAAAAUUCUCUGCUGGGUACAUUGGGCAUAAUUAUCACAAGCUGUCAUUCUGUUUUAUUCACCUCAGUAACAAGUGAUGAUUUAUGCUCACAUUUUAUCCCUAACACACUGUUUAGUACACAUGGCUGUAACAUUUCUGCUCAAAGACGCUCUGUGUUUGCUUUAGUGCUGUUUGUUUAAUUACAUUUUUGCCACCUGUGAAUGUUUUUUUUUUCCCUCCCAAUAUCCCUAAUUAGCUUUCAGUAGAAACAGCCAAGGCAUUAAUAACGUCAAUCCUUUCUCUACAAUUGCUUGCCAUUUUAAAUCCAGCUAAAAAGCCACUGAACAAGCAAGCUAUUAGAUUGUACAAAUUUGUUCUUGCCAUUUCCAGCAUACUUGUAUAUUAUGUUAGUUUACCAAAUGUUCACUUGUUUUCUUUUGCUCUCUUGUUUUUGUUGUAAAUUCAAACACUGAUUACCCUGUCUAUCAAGCAGGAGGUACACUGUGCAUGAUGUGGAGCUCUAAAUGUCUAUGGUUUCUAAGCUGCUGGCCUGGGACUGUAAUUGCUAUCAUUUCUUCCCGAGUCUUUCACAGCCUUUCAGUCCUCCGCUCUGUGAUGAAACCCCUCUCACAGGCACAGCACGCAGCGGUUCCACUCAGAAAAGCUCAAUUAUCAUCAACUUUCACUGUAAAAUCGGUGGAAUCUGGUGAAAUGGGCGACAGUCUCAAACAGUGGCCUGCUGUGUUGUUGUUUUCACAUGAUAACAAAAUUGAACUUUGAGGGGCUAUGGUGCAGUAGUCACAGAUUCACCUGUUGGGGGGAAAUCACAGGCACAGGUUCACUGUAGUUUGAUACAAGCUGGGAAGGGAAGGGAAGGUGUGGGAGGGAUCGGGAUUAUUGUUGGAGUAUGUGAUGUACCUUUUUAUUUUUACCAAAUGAAAGAGUUUUUGAGUCAGGAGUGUUUCAGGUUUGCAAUACUGGCAUUGCUGUUUCUUCCCUACACUGUCGGCAGACCAGAGAGGUUUGAUAGCGGGUUGAAGUGCCCUUUUACGUUGUUGUACACUGGAACCCAUGGCCUUGAUUUCUUUACUUAAAAAAAGGUCACCUCAAACCACUAUCGGCAACCACAAGGCUCAUUUUUAUUCUUCAAUGAUUGUCUACUGAUCUUGCCAUAAUUACGAUUUGACUGUUAGCAAACCUGUGAUGGCAGGCGAAGAUAGAAAAGUGAACUUGGAGCAUUGUUUUUUAUUUUUUAUUUUAAUGUUUUAUAUAAAAUAUAUUGUGGUAUACAGGUUGUUGUUUUUUUUUUUUUUUAGAAAGGGGAUUCUUAAUUUUGCAACUACUGAGUUUUCAUUUUCCCAUGAUUUUCCAUUUGGUGAGAGAAGAGAGAUAUUUUUAAUUUAGGUGUCUUUUUUAUGAGAUAUUCUCAGUCUCAAUGCUUUACUUCUCUCUGUACUGUAUACUGUAUAUUUUGUGCUACACUGUUGUGACCUCUGUGGUGUGUUGAUGUAUCUUUUUCUUUUGUUCCAGCUGUGUAGAAUUUAUAAUGAAAAAAACCCCCAAGAAAACCAAUCACACUCCUAUA